AUGGAGGUCGAGAAUAUGGGGGACUGCACGGACACGAAGGAAAAAGUCGAAAUAGCAUGCAUUUUGGCAAGGAUUCUUGCUGCAGAGAGCGAAGCAGACGCCGCAAAGGCAGUCAAAGACCGUAUUAAGCGGCAGUUGCUACUCAACGGGUGUACAUUUUAUGCCUUGGCGCUUCCCACGAGAGUCUGCAACCGAUCGACGUGGGCUUUCAUCCGCCACGAAAAGUGGUUCGAGGAGACUGUGCCUCACCUCGGUGGCCACAACUUCAAGCAGUCGUUUCGAGUGAACCCCUCAACGUUCCGGUUUCUCGUGGAAAGUCUGCGCCAUGUGCUCGAAAAACAAGUUACCAACAUGCGUGACCCGAUCACUGCGGAAAAGCGUGUCGCCAUUGGCCUCUACAAAUUGUGCUCUUCUGCCGAAGAUAGAACUGUGGCAAACCUCUUCGGCGUUGGGCGCUCAUCCGUCAACGUCAGCUGCCAUUUCCCUAUUUCGCCUCCAAAGAAGUACGCCACCGACUACUACAACUACAAGGGUUGGCACAGUAUUAUCCUACUAGCAUUGGUCGACCACAAGUAUCGAUUCAGAUACUGCAAUGUCGGUGCCCCAGGACGCUGCCACGACGCACAUGUGUUUGGUGUUUCACGGCUGUCGAAGAUUGUCAACAGUCCCCUUUUCAAAGCACCUGUUGCCGCAGUGGGUACCACAGCAGUCCCACCGAUAAUAUUAUGCGAUCAAGCAUUUCCACUAACCCCAAACCUCAUGAAGCCAUUUGGACACCGAACUGUCAUCAGUGAAGCUGAAAGGAAUUUCAACUGUCAUUUAUCUGGAGCAAGGAGGAUAGUUGAAAACGCAUUCGGAAGGCUAAAGGCCCGGUUCCGUUUCAUUGCGAAAAGAAUGGAGUGUUCUGUUGGCAAUGCCCGUUUGGCUAUACGAGCAUGCUGCGUGCUCAAUAACAUUUGCGAGCACUUCAACGACAGUGUCCACCCACAGUGGUUAAGUGAGGUGCAGCAGUCCAAUGCUACAUUUCCACAGCCAUCACGCAGAACAGAAGCUGAAAUUGGAAAUGCAUCCGCCAUCAGGACAGCACUUGUGGAAUAUUACAAGCGAAGGAACUGAACGCAAGAGUCCCAAGAAUCAGCAACAAUUGUGGAACACCAUGUCAGUUUUUACUAAAAAACUUCAACAUUGCAUCUACAAGUUUCUCUUGCAACUUGAGCCCCUCUUUACGGAGAUCCAUUUCCAUUUUGUGCGCAUCAGCAAACUGCUCUCUCUGCCGUCGCUGCUCCUCAAGCAUCCUUUCUUGAAAGUCGCCAGCCGGUUGCCUUCUCUUCCUGCGGGCACAUUCGGAACUGCCACUUGCGAGGUUCCUGGAUUCAACCUGUUGUACUGGCGACUCGGAAGGUGAACAAUCUUCGGCGACGUCUUCACAAGAAGCAGAGCCGGAAUCAAGCAUGUCGAAGAUCAGCUGCGUUUGAAGAAGGGAUCCGAAAUACAUUGACCACAUUAGUUGAUGUGUGAAGCGGUAAACAAUUAGUUCAGGGUUUUUACUUGCAAGAGAGCUGCCUCUCCUUGCGUGUAUGUAUUCACGUUUUUUUAUUUUAGAGUCUGCAUUUUUUUUAUUCUCCAAACAGCGCACUGCCAAGCUUGCAAAAUGAACAGCGCGUGAGCACAAGCAGAAAUGAACCACAGUAUUAACAAGAGCAGUCCGCUACACUGCAGGGUUGUGCAGAUUAUGGGCUUGGCAGCACAGCUGAUGCUACAUUAUGUCUUGAAAUUUAGUUGACUGUAAUAAAGCAUAUAUAGUCUCCAC